AUGAACGAAAAGGAAGGAGCAGUGCCUAGCAGCGCACAGUCUGCAGUGCUUAUGCGCUCCGAGCCCCUGCCUUCAGAAGCAGUAGAGGCCAUUGGCCCGCAGUUUGAAAAGCAAGAUCCCAACGAUCUAAAUGCACUGAUGGGCAGCUUGGCAACGGUUGGCUUUCAAGGCACAUCCGUUGCCGAAGCUGUUCGCAUUAUUGAGCGAAUGCGUACAUGGCGUUUGAGCGAAGACCCCUCGUACAACCCAGCUGAAGACGAACAUUCUCAACUCCCCAAGGACGAUCCUGCGCACCCAACGAAUGUUCGCUGCACGAUUCUUCUCGGUUAUACUUCCAACCUUAUUUCGUCGGGGCUUCGUGAAGUAAUCCAUUUCCUUGUCAAAAACAAGUUCGUGUCAGGCAUCGUGACUACCGCGGGCGGUGUCGAAGAGGACAUUAUCAAGUGCCUUGGACCAACUUAUCUGGGCAGUUUCCAUUUGGACGGUGCGACACUCCGGAAACGCGGCCUCAACCGAAUUGGCAAUUUGAUUGUACCCAAUGACAACUAUUGCAAGUUUGAGGACUGGGUCAUGCCGAUUCUCGAUAGAAUGCGUGCUGAGCAGGACUCAGCACCUCCCGAAUCCAAUGGAGAACGCUUCGCUUGGACGCCAAGUCGCGUCAUUGAGCGUUUGGGUCACGAGAUCAAUGAUGAACGCAGUGUAUAUUACUGGGCAGCAAAGAAUCAAAUUCCUGUAUUCUGUCCUGCACUUACCGAUGGCUCACUUGGUGAUAUGAUCUACUUUCAUUCAUACAAAAAUCCAGGCCUCACAAUCGAUCUCGUGCGUGACAUCCGCCGGCUCAAUGACAUGAGUGUGAAGGCGAAGAAGGCCGGUAUCAUUAUCCUCGGUGGCGGCGUUUGCAAGCACCAGAUUGCAAAUGCCAUGCUCUUUCGGAAUGGUGCUGACUAUGGCGUCUAUAUUAACACAGGUCAGGAGUUCGAUGGCUCCGAUAGCGGCGCUCGGCCUGACGAAGCCGUUAGCUGGGGCAAGCUUAAGAGUAAGGAGAAUGGCGGCGAUACCGUCAAAGUGUUUUGUGACGCCACCAUUGUUUUCCCAUUUAUCGUUGCGCAGACCUUUGGGCGCGCAUAUUGGGCACAGCAGCUUCCAAAAGUAACUUCAUAG